CUUUGUAAACAACAGCACGAGAGAGAUUAGCGAAAGCGGCGCUUUCAUUUAAGAAUUAUGGAGAAUAUCCCAAAAGAUUUACGAGGACUUCGGUCUUGUCUUGUCUGCUCGCUUGUGAAGACACUAGACAUGUUUGAAACUGAUGGAUGUGACAACUGUGAUGAGUUCCUAAGAAUGAAGAAUAAUCGGGACCAGGUCUACGACUGCACAUCCUCUAAUUUUGAUGGAUUUAUUGCCCUUAUGAGUCCAGAGGAUAGUUGGGUUGCCAAAUGGCAGAGAAUUAAUCGCUGCUGCCGCGGAAUGUAUGCCAUCUCUAUCACUGGACGACUGCCAGCUUCUGUCAUUAGGGAGAUGAAAUCCCGUGGAAUUAAGUACAGGCAAAGGGAUAUGACAAAAUUGUAAUUUAAGUGUAGUUGUAUUGUGAGGGCUAGUGCUCCUUAUCUAACUUAAGGCAGAUUUAUUUUUUACAUGUAAUUUUUCAGAGUGAAGUCUGAUUCACAUGUUUAUAUUGUGUGAAACUUGAAAACAGCACUUCCAAAACGUUCUUAAUUUUUGUAAUUCCGUCAUUGUUUCAGGACUUAAUUUUCAUAGACACUUUGGUCUAGUUUUUAGAGAGCCCAAUUUUGGAUAUUCAUGCAUACAGACAGGGAUGGUUCUGCAGUUUCACUAAUGUAAAGUUAACUUUAGAGAUUGUCGUUUUCAGUAUCUUUUAUACUUUUCAUAUCUUGCAUGUUUAUAUCUUUUGAAAUAUCAGUUAAUGAAAUAAAUCAAAAGAAUGUGCGAGCACAGUUUGGAAUCCUUCAUUUUUGCAAAGAAGGAACAGCAUGGACAGAAAAUGAAAAUCAGAAAAGAUACAUUCUUUUAAAAUCAUUAUUAAUCAUGUAAUUAUAAAUGGUAUUUUGAAAGUAUCCUUUUAUAAUUGUGUUUUUUUAUCCUAGCCUCUAACAUUCAGCAGUCACCAACAUAUAGUAUAGAACAAAUAUCAUUAUAAUUGUCAUUUAGUGUUGGAUCUUGUAAAAUAUAUUUUACUGUUAUGACAUUAAUUAUAAACUAGCUCGAAAGUAAGCAUUUUUGUGAAUGAAAAUUUAGAUUUACAGUUUUCUUAUUGUAUACAAAUGUUAAAUGAUUAGCAAAAGUGUUGGUUAUCAGCAAAAAGACUCCUUAUUUCACAAAUUUGAUUGAUAUGAUUAUAACGUAUAGUAUCCUUCACUAAAUGUAUUACACACCUUUAUGUUCGUGCAUGUAUGGUCAUGAUGGUUACCCACUCUAGAAAAUGCUAGAUAUUGGUGGUUAAUUGCAGCUUAAAUCAUGUUUAGAUGAAUUUAUUAGAAUACCAGAACUUCACACUACACUUUGAUACUGAUGCAUUUUUAUAUAAGAAAUGAAGACAGCAAUAUUAUACGCAAUUCAGGUUACUACUAUGAUAUUAGCUGGCAGUAGCAGAGAUCAAGAGCAGGAAUAUCACUUCAGCUGAUAUUGUCAUUGUAAGCACCAUAGAUCAUGGUCAUUGUAUUCCUUAUAUAUAGUUUCAUGCAAAGAAUGAAUGAGUUCAGAUACUGGAAAUGGUGGUUUAAAGGAAAUGAAAGAUCACCCCCCCCAAAGAUUCUAGAGGUGACCAAUGCCUUUCUUCCAAACAGGUUAUCAAAUUACCUGUGUGGUAAAUAUCCAAAUAUUUUAACUGACAGUUAUGACUAUAUAUGUGUACGUAUCUAUGUGUAUGUAUACAUAUUGCCAAUCUCAAUGUAUUCAUUCAGGUGUUUAAAGUAAAUAUUAUAGUCUCCCUAACUUAUUACAUGUUUUCUGUGUUUAAUAGAGUUUCCCUCGGAUUUUAUGAUCUUGUAAUACGAAAAUAAACAUGAAAACUAUUAA